UCUUGCUCAAGGACACACUGGUGGUGACUGCUGGGAUCGAACCCAGCAGUUUUCUGUAUAUAAUGAAUCUUUGAGUUAUGAAUGUUUUGUAUUGCCCAUUGGCCGUUUUGUUCGGCAUUGGUUUUUGAAAAAUCAAAGUUGGUCAAGCACUAGUUAUAUUCAGUGUUAACUUCAUGACUCGUAUCUUUGCAGGGAUGGAUCAGUGAAUUUACCAAGUGGAAUGCACGCGACUUUUGUGGGAUCCAAAUGUUAUCGAUUGAAAAAGAUAAGAUGUGGAUUCCAGACAUUGUCUUCACUGAAAGUGUCAAGACAGAGUUUGCAACUACAGAAAAUCCAUACGUAAAGUUGACCAGUUAUGGUUUGAUAGCCAAGUUUGAAACUAUUGCUGUAACCAGCGCUUGUAAGAUUGACUUGCUCAACUUUCCCUAUGAUGUCCAAACCUGCUCUCUGACGAUUCAUUCGCCAAUGCAUCCAGCUUUCGAGCUUACACUUAACUCAUAUUCAAGUGCAUCGUUCCUGACGUCCAGCUCCAAAAAGGCCUUUCAAACUCAGGGAGAGUGGGAACUCCUCAAUAUAAAUAUGUCUAAAGCCAACGCGAGCACUCUACAAUACCCACAGGAUCAGCUGAUAUAUACGAUCACCCUGAAAAGGAGACCUCUACUGUACGUCAUCACCUUCAUAUCACCUGUGUUUUGCUUUCUUGUGUUGGAUGUGGCCUCUUUCUUCAUCGAUGCGGGGCGGAGGAGAGAAGCUGAGCUUUAA